AUGGUGUCUCAAAGGAUUCGCGAUUACCUGCACACCGAUUACCAGCCUGGAGAGCGCACGCUGUUGCGCAAGAUUGACUUUUUCAUCUUGACGUUUUGCUGUCUAAGUUACUUUAUCAACUAUCUUGAUCGUUCCAACCUCUCCAAUGCCUAUGUUUCAGGAAUGAAAGAAGACUUGGGCUUUGUCGGCAACCAGCUCAAUGAAAUCAACACCUGCUUCACAGUUGGCUACGUCUUGGGCCAGAUCCCGUCCAACCUCUCCCUCUACUACAUCAAGCCACGCAUCUGGUUCCCCUCCAUGAUGCUCCUCUGGGGCGGCCUCACCAUGGUCACCGCCUCGGUGCACAAACCCCAAUCCAUCAUGGCCAUUCGCUUUUUCCAGGGUAUCUGCGAAGCCUCUACCUUUGUCGGCACGCACUACAUCCUCGGCGCCUGGUACACUGAGCGCGAGCUCGGCAAGCGCAGCGGCAUCUUCACCUCGUCUGGCCUGGCCGGCACCAUGAUUGGCGGCUUCAUCCAGACGGGCAUUCACCAAAGCCUCAAUGGCCGCGGCGGCCUCGCUGGUUGGCGAUGGCUGUUCAUCAUUGACGGCCUCCUCACCGUCCCUGUUGCGCUGUACGGCCUCAUCUUCUUCCCAGACACGCCUCGUAACACCACGGCAUUUUAUCUCAACGACGACGAGAAGCGCCUGGCUGUGGCCCGCGUACCUGUCAUUGAGGAGAGCUCGCCCAUCACUUUGCGCUUCCUCAAGAAAGUGCUUACGUCCUGGCAGUUCUGGGGCUUCGUCAUGCUCUGGGUCAUUGCCGGAGAAACAGAGUCCUUUUCCAGCAACUCUCUUCUCGCGCUGUUCCUCAAAAGCAGCCCUACGCAUAAGUAUAGCGUCCCCCAACUGAACAACUACCCAACCGGCGUACCAGCCGUUGGCAUCGUCUCGACCCUGUUUUGGGCCACGUUGACUGAUUUCCUCAACGGCAAACGCUACCUUGUGGGCUACUGGAUCGGCAUCGUUGGCAUUGCAACCUCCAUCAUGAUCCUGGUGGCCUCUCACCACCCUACCAGCUCGGGCUCUACCCCGGUAGUAAUGGCUGCUUACUACAUUGCCGGUUCCGUCUACGCGUGCCAGGCCACCUUUUUCGCUUGGUGCAACGAUUCAAUGCGUUAUGAAGAGCACGUUUUCCGUGCUAUUGUGCUGGCCGCCAUGAAUCUAGGCAAUAAUGCCGUCAACGCUUGGUGGAGCAUCAUCUUCUACGGCGCCGACAUGGCUCCUUGGUUUACACGCGGUAUGUGGGCCAUGAUUGCUUGCUGCAUUGCCCUUGUCAUCUGGACGGGCGUGCUGUCUUACCUGGAUCAUCGGCACAGAAAGACUAUUGUGGAACUUGAUGAAGCUGGAGGUAGCCUCAGCAUUGUUGUUGACGGCAAGGAGUGA